GCUGAUCAGUGUAUUUCUGAGUGGCAGGCCUGGCAGGAUCGGGCUGGUUUACUGCCCCACACCACUGCCGAGGCAGAGACAGGCUGUCUCCUGGGUCAUAGCCCCAACCGACGCUCUGCUCUACUGCUGCUGCUGCUGGAUGAAGGCUUACAGCUGGGGCUGGGAUCUGAGCCUGUUGUACACAAUAAAAGCCCCUUACGGUCAUGGAUUCACAGUGUACUAGCCCAUUAGCCUAUCGACUGGUAUAGGCAAUAAUAAUACAGUACAUAAGUGUUAUUACCUGAAGUGACACAGUAGAAUCGUCUUUGGAGAUCAGAGCUAACAUGCUGUGUUGCUGAGUAGAAAAUGUAGGCCUAAUUUUAGUAGCUGCAUUUUACUGCAUGAAAGGUUACUGGCUGCAUGCAUUGGCAUUCAUAAUGUGGCAACAUGGUACAGUAGGAAAUAAGAGCCAGAACAUCAGGACGUGACAUUCAAGGGUGUCCAAUCGCAUCAGCAGCAGCACCCAGGGCAGCAUGACAAUCUCCACAGUGCACUGUGUGUGUAAUGGCUUCUGCUGGUCUGAGCUGGUGCUUGGUUGGCUGGUGAUGUUUGAGCCAAAGGCUUAUCUGUAUGGAUCAGUGCUUUCUCUACUCUGCAUGGGUCAGAAAGGAAGAUUCUACAGCAGAAUGAGUCCAUGUCUCUACUGGAUGGUGACUUACUGUAGAACUCCAGACAUCACUGUUGUGUGCUAAGGUUUGCCUUCUAGAAUCCUGACAUUUUGUCUCAAGGUCAAUAGAAACAUGCACGAUUUUUGUUUGUUUGAUGCAUAGGCCUAUAUGGUGAGAUGUAUUAACAUUUUGCCCCAUUUACACAAACCAUAUCUACACUGAGUAUACAAAACAUUAAGAACACCUGUUCUUUCCAUGAGACUGACCAGGUGAAUCCAGGUGAAAGCUAUGAUCCCUUAUUGAUGUCACUUGUUAUAUCCACUACAAUCAGUGUAGAUGAAGGGAAGGAGACAGAUUAAAGAGAGAAUUUUAAGCCUUAAGACAAUUGAGACAUGAAUUGCAUGUGUGUGCCAUUUUAGAGGGUGAAUGGGCAAGAUAAAAGUUCCUUUGAACGGGGUAUGGUAGUAGGUGCCAGGCGCACUGGUUUGAGUGUGUCAAGAACUGCAACGCUGCUGGGUUUUUCACACUCAACUUUUUCCCGUUUGUAUCAAGAGUUGACCACCACCAAAAGACCAUCCAGCCAACUUGACACAACUGUGGGAAGCAUUUGAGUCAACAUGGGCCAGCAUCCCUGUAGAACGCUUACAACACCUUUUAGAGUCCAUGCCCAGACAAAUGUAGGCUGUUCUGAGGGCAAAGGGGGUGCAACUCAAUAUUAGGAAGGUGUUCCUAAUAUUGACUCCUGAGUGGCGCAGUGGUCUAAGGCACUGCAUCGCAGUGCUAACUGUGCCACUAGAGAUCCUGGUUCGAAUCCAGGCUCUGUCGCAGCCGGCCGCGACCGGGAGACUCAUGGGCGGCGCACAAUUGGCCCAGCGUCGUCCAGGGUAGGGGAGGGAAUGGCCGGCAGGGUAGGGGAGGGAAUGUAGCUCAGUUGAUAGAGCAUGGCGUUUGCAACACCAGGGUUGUGGGUUUGAUUCCCACGGGGGGCCAGUAUAAAAAAAUAUGUAUUCACUAACUGUAAGUCGCUCUGGAUAAGAGCGUCUGCUAAAUGACUAAAAUGUAAAUGUUUGGUAUACUCAGUGUAUACAUGCCUUCACUUUUAAUAUUUAACCUACUCUGUGCUAUACCCUACUGUCAGUCCAUAUUUACUACCCAUAUUGAUCUACUACAGUGACUCUGGCGCAAUGCCUGGGUGACAUUCUAGGUGAAGUAUUUAGUUUAUGCUUUGCCUGUACCCUGUCCCUGGCCAUAAAGUAUGUCAGGAUAGCCACAAACCGUAUAUUCUCCACAGCACUUCCUCUGUUGGUGUCAAUAUGUCUCUUUGGACCAGUAAGUUGGUUCAUUAGCCUAAAGCACCCAUCUUCUCCAGUCCCUUAGUUCAGCCAAGCCAAAGUUGGGUUCUGUUAAACAUUGACUGACUUGCUUGAGUUUUCACUGACUAACACACAUUCACCCCCAUCACACUGAGACAGUCAUACCACAGUCAUGCCAUGGAUUUGCAAGAAGGGAAAUGUCUGGUGCAAUUCAAAUGGAUAAACACAGGCUGUAGAAAAUAACUAUUCUAGGAUAAAUAGUAGGUGAGUGAAGAUCAGGGUUGAUUUGGGUUUAUAAGUGAUAAGCUUGAGGUUGGCCCAAAAAUGUUUGUGUUCCUUACUGCCUGUAACCUCAAACCUAGUAUACUGCCUGUCUACCUAGUUGUAUCCACAGUAGUUCUUUUUUUGCCUAUAUGUUGUCUCAAUGCAACCUAAAUGUGAUUUGUUGAAUCUAUCCAACUGACGGUUCACCUCUCACUCUCUCUCUCUCCUCCCACUCCCUCCCUCUCUCCAGUGGGCUUAGGCGGCCAUGGACCUGUUCAACCAGCUGAUCCUGGUCAUCUCAGUCACCAGUUUCCUCUCCUUCCAGUGGCUCUUCCACCGGGUCAGUCCCUGGGUCUCCACCCGCGUCAGCCCUGGCUUCCUACGCCUCGCAGACAAGCAGAAGGUGGAGUGGAACUCAAGGUAUAGAUCACUGGCUACUGGCUGCAACACACACUGAUAAUAUGCUUCAUGUUUCAGUACAUUAGUAGUUACAUUUUAGUGGAUAUAGAAUAGAGGCAUCUUCCAUAUUUCCAUAAUGGGCAGGUUCACACUUGGUUAAUGUUUUCAAACGUAUCCACGAAAAUGUGGGUCAGAAUAUUUACCGUAAAUGUCUGCUAAGGGGCUCCCGAGUGGCGCAGCGAGCGGUCUAAGGCACUGCAUCUCAGUGCUUGAGGCGUCACUACAGACCCUGGUUCGAUUCCAGGCUGUAUCAUAACCGGCCGUGAUUGGGAGUCCCAUAGGGUGGCGGACAAUUGGCCCAGCGUCGUCCGGGUUUGGCCGGGGUAGGCCGUCAUUGUAAAUAAGAAUUGGUUCUUAACUGACUUGUCUAGUUAAAUAAAGGUUAAAUAAUAAAAUAAAGUUGUUAAUUUGUCAACUCCUCAAGUCAUCCAGUUGUUUUACACAGUUCAUGACUUAAUGUGGCUCCUUAUCUCACCAGAUGCACUAAUCAAAAUAUCUGACUUAAAUACACUCUUAUCACACCAUAUGGUACACUGUGUACCAUGUACAAUUAUGAUAUAAAAUCCUUUUGGUGUCAUGAUCACCCCACAUAUUCUCAGUUAUUACAACCGCCCAUUUAUUAUCUAUAGACUAUUGACUUGUCUGUCCAUAGCAGAGUGUACUGUAUACUGCAAAGCCACAGCUGUCUUGAAGAUUACAGAUUACCCUCAGAUGACCCUGUCUGGGAAGGUUCUGUAGUGGUCUGGUCUUGCUCUGGCAGACUGGCAGGGAGAUGUUGACGUGGGUAGUUACAGGAGGAGCGCAGAGAUGGCUUCCAGUAGAUACAGCCUGACUGAAUAUCUGCCUGAGCGCCUGAUUUACUUGACAACCUGUCUACCUGCUUGUCUGAGUGACUGGCUUUCUGCCUGUCUGACUGCCCGCUUGCCUGUCUGACUGCCUGAUGGCCUGCCUGUCUGAGUGACCCCUGAACAGUGUUUAAUCUCCUGUUCUAAUUGGGCUGAAUCUGUCUGCCGGUGGCCGUGCAACCAAUCAAUUAAUUCACCCUGCGCUGUGCACAGGAACGCUUAAUCUGCAUCAGUUAUUAAAGUGUUUUAUCACAGAUUUGACAAGGGGUGUGUGUAUAUGUGUGUGUUGUUUUUUAGGACGGUGUCCACGCUUCAUGCCCUGGUGGUGGGACUCUUCUGCCUCUACAUCCUGCUCUUUGAUGACGCCAUCAAUGAAGACCCCGUCUGGUGAGGACUCUGUCGCUUUGUUGUAGGGCAUGAUGGGACCACUGUGUUGUGUACAAACUAUUACUGUAUGUUGUAAUGUGUUGAAAGUUACUCAUCUGUGUCUUUUUCCUGCCAACAGGGGAGAUCCCACACUUGUGAAGAUAAAUGUUGGCGUGACAACAGGCUACCUCAUAUCUGGUGAGAACAGACACUUUAGUCGCAUACACACUUGUAAAGGUCCUCGUUCCCUACCGGACAUCUUGGCCAUCCCUAGCCACACUUCGGCAACAUUGGACAUUACCAGACAAUGUAUUUUGUUGUUGUUGCAUUGCAUUUAUAACCACUUUUGUUCAGCUGCUGUAAUAUGUUCUGUUUACUCCUGUGUUGUUCUUUUCGUCUGUUUGCCAGAUCUGCUGCUAAUAUUUUACUAUUGGAAGGCGAUAGGCGACAAGUUUUUUGUAGUGCACCACCUAGCAGCGCUGUAUGCUUACUACUAUGUACUGGUGAGUUCCUUAUUGUCCAAUAGCAGAACAUGCAGGCAAGAUGGGAAAGAGACAACUAAAGGUGAACAGCUGUGCCAUGUCAUGCUGGGUGAUGGUGAUGACAGGGCUGGGAGAUUGGGUGUGAGGAGAGUGCUAACAUGUUAACAGUUCUGUUCCUAUUAGCUCUGCUAGGACUCUGCUAGUGAGAACGCUAGCCUGCUGGCACCAUUUUCACGUUCUUCUAAUGCAUCUCAUUAGCUAAUCCUCAGCAGUUGAAAAUAUGUGUAUGGGAAUCAUUAGAAUAGUAUAGGGCCAUACUGUUGGCUUGAUAGUAUGAUUUUGUAUCAUUCACCCAGGAGCAGGACUCUUAUGUUCUCGUGAAAUUAGAUAGCCUAUGUUCUGGAAGUUAUUGGGAAUUGCUUUCGUUGGUAACGUUUUGUCUCAUGUUAGGGAUUGUGAUUGACUGUGUGAAAAGGGUUGCGGUUAUGAUACAAGAAGUAUGCAUACUUUUUGGUUAGGAUGAUCAUUAGGGAUAGUUUGGAUUGAAAGAAUGACUGAUAGGUUUGUUGAUUUUCGGGUAUUACCAUGCUUAAUCGGCACUGUCUAGUCAAGGAACAUGCUUGUUUGUCUGGACAGUGACAAUGGACCUGGUUAUAACCACUGGUUAUAAUGGUGAAACAGGUUGUAAGCCCAGUCAUCCAGGACACUGCUGUUCACCCUUGGUCUGUAGCCAUCCAGAUCACCAGGUUCUGUAGCUCAUAACAAUGUUGGUAUUUUUUGCAUGGAAUGCUUAAUGGUGGUAAUGGCCGACGCCCUCCUUCCCUUCCCCUCCCUCCCUCCUCACCUUGCCCUUAAGUCCUGCUUUUAUUUCACUGACCCCUCAGUCUUGUAUGGAGCUGGACUGAGCUGUACUGAGCUAAGCUGUGCAUGCCUCCAUUCAUCCGGUCUUUCUCAGUGUUGGUGGAGGGGUCUCCAACAGUACUGUAUGUGCAUGCCAAAACAACAUAUUACUUACUGCCUCUUACUGUUUUGUGCCAGAGCUGAGUUCUGCCUCCUUUCUCUCAAACUCUCCUCCUCUGCCCCACUAUUUCCAAAGCUGCGUCUCCCUAGACUGUCAUGGCAGAGGGCCCUUGAGAGUAACUGAAAUGUUGAUGAUAAUAAUAACACUGAAUGAUGAAUGAUGCUUAAAUGUGUCUGGUCUAUGAAUGUGUCCUCACUUUAAUGCUUUAGCUCUGUGAGGACUUGCCUACUUAACUUCAAGCCUCAAGAGUCUCUGUUUUUAAGAGUGACAAAGAUAAGUCCUUGGUUCAAACCAAUCCAUAACCUUAAAUCUUUCUACAAUAAGCUUAGCUGAGUUUAUCCCUUAGCAUUGUAUGCUAAUUGUAUUCAUAUCCAACUUGAAGGACAAUAAUGUACAGUGUAUGCCUUGCAAAACUACUCUGUGGUACAAUGCAUUUCUGUGUACAUUUAAGAGAAAAUGUGAAAGGCAAUACGGGUGUAAGCCAUACUGUCACUGGACACUCAUGACUGCUUAGUACAGUCAUGCUUGAUAUUACUUAGCAAAAUACAUAAACCAACUAACUUCGGGACAUAUUGUACACAUUUGCUACAAUCUGUUCAACAAAAAAGCCCUUUAUAACUUACUAAUUGAUUUACUUACUUUUUUUGUGUGGCUUUGUAUCAAAGCUGUUAUGUCAGUAUGUUGUUAAUUCAGUGACUAUUAUUAAUUGAACCAGCUGUUUUAUGUAGGUUUUGUUGUUAUGUUGUUAUUAUGGCAUAUUAGAUCAUUGUAAAAACAAUAAGGCUAUACCCAGAACAAGCAAACUAAUUAAUAGGCUAAUGUUUUAUUACUGUUUGAUUUCUAAAAUGCAUGUUAAACUAUCAAUGCUGUUGUUGCUUCAUUUUUUGCUUCUAACUAUAGUUGCACCUUUUUCUCUAAUUUGUCUGUCUCAUAGAGAUAGAUAAGAGGACUCUAGUGCCCAAAAGCCUGUUCUAAGCAUGGGCAGCGCCAUUGAGGACUUUCAACAUUUUUAAGUAGUCAACUGGGUGGGACUUCCUAUGGGUUAGGGGAUCAGCCAAUGAAUUAUACUCAUGAGCAAACAUUCUGUAACUGCAGGUGGCAGUAAAUCGCCAACCUGGGCUUUAUACCUGUUCAAACAACACACUCCAGGUGGCAGUAUGCACCCUUUCCAUUUAUUUACCAACUCAUAGACAUAGUUGAAGAGGAAAAUGGACUACUUCAAAAUGGAGAUGGCCUCAAUGUCGCUGCCCAUAUUCUCUCACAUACGCCAUAAUGGGACAGCUACAAUUUUACAACCUCUAACUUUCUCUAUUGUCUGUCUCUAUCCUUUGCUAAUACGGUUUCUUAAAAUAAUAUAGUCCCACAAUUACCAGCAAAACAUUAAUGCAGAAACUACCCAAUUCAAAUUAGGUUGUGUAAAAUGUAAAAGCUUAAGACCAGGCCUGACUCCUCUAGACUGAAUCCUUCCUGUCUUGUCUGCUGUUAUUGCUAUUGCGCUACACUGAGCAGAUAUGACCCAUCUGUCCAGUAUCAGUAUAGAUUUACCAGUACCUAGAGGUACUAGCAUGGAGAUGCUGGGAAAGUUCAUAUCCUCUCUGGUAUAACGUGAACCGGAUACCUUUUGUCCUGUAUGACCAUAUCUUGAGAGUAAGUAUAUGCCACGUAUGAACUUUUGUUUCAGUCUUACAAGGUAAGUUUCCCCUUUUUGGUGUGUGCUAUUUGGAUAAUCUUGCCCUGUGUUAAGCCUGAAGUACAAAUAGGAUAUGGAAAUUAGACUUGUUUUAUGAGCUGAUUUGUAUACCACCCGGCAGAGAGCGAGAUGAUACCAGCCCUCAUGUCCGAGGGUGACAAUAUAGGGUCGAUACCUUCCUAUAACAGCUUGUGAUUAUAAGCAUCGCUCUUAUAUGCAUGGCUAAUCAUUGCUCAUUUGGCUAGUAGCUGAAUGUCUACAUGUCAAACCCUGGCUGUAUGUGCACACUAUGUUGAGCUUUACUUAACACAAUGCUGUUAGAAAUGCUGUUAACCUAUUCAUGUUGUGUGUGUGUGUGAAGGGAUUGUAAUUUAGCUGUUUCACUAACACCCUUUUUUACUGAGUCACUAACUUCAUGUGUUCUUUUAGUCCUGGAGCCUCAUUGCUGUCAUCGUAAAUAUACCCUCAAUGAUAUGAAUGAGCACUCAGUAUAUAGGGGUCUACUGAAGAUGAAAUAAGAACACAGACUAAAUGUGGACCCUUAAAAAGCCUUAAGACGUUAGCUGAGUCUCCUGAGGGAUGAGACUUUACUGUUUGAUCUGAAAAAUAGCCACAGAGCAGACCUAUAAUCAGAAAGUGAUUUAAAUGAUUUAAUUUUAGAUCCGAACCCCUCCAAAAUGUCUCCUUAAUCUCAGCUUUGGUUCAGCACGAUGACGUGUGAUAUAUCAAAAAGUCUCUUCACCAAGAGAUCAGUAGCGGAAUUAUAACCCUUACAUGCAGUAUAUAAUAUAUAGUCUGAGAGUACUUUUUCCUGCCGUUAUUGGUGUUGGAAAAAACAUUUGUCUUCUAUCUUAAUAUCGAGUGAUGAAAUUGACAUUUAUGCACUGAAAAGUUCAGUAUGGUAAAAGUGAGAUCUUAACUUGUCCCCCCCCCACACCACUUGUGUUCUUUUGUUAAUGAUGAUUGAUUCAUAUCUUUCUGUACACAAACGGUGUGAAGGCCUCACUUUGACUAUACUGAUGUGAUGUUUGCUCAAAUGAAAGCAUUUUGAGUCCCUUUCUUUCCUGUUUCAUUGUUUCUCUCCAUUCUCUUCUUUUUACCAUGUUCUUCCAGGGACAAGGAAUGUUGCCUUAUUUUGCUAACUUCCGUCUGCUUGCAGAGUUCUCCACGCCGUGUGUGAACCAGCGGUAGGUAGCAGAUGUAUAUAAACCCAUUGAAUAUGUCUGUGGUAGGUACCACCCACACUAAGGCCUGAGCUUAGACAGGACAGUGACACUCAUAACCAAUUAGCUCAGAAGCCCUGCAAAGCAGCUGCUGAAAAAAUAAACCCUAUUAAUUUGUUUAAAGUAACUGUCCAGUUAAACUUUUAAAAGUUAAUAUUCUGUUAACUCAUAACCAAAUAAUGUUGUUGACUCAUCCUAUACUCGUAUGUGGCCAAAGCAUAAAAUGGAGAAAAAAAAACUUCAAAAACCCCACCUCUAACUUGUAUCUCAAACAGACUGUUUAAAAAUGCUUGCUUUUUCCUCAUAGAGGAUGAUGUCAUCCUCCUGAUUAGGAUGAGCUGGCCAAUCAGCGGUCGUCUCGCGUUAAUAUUUUUAAUGACCGGUAUACGCCCACAACAUUCUGUUGUUGGUGUACGCCCACACCAUUCCAACACAGAAAAGCUGCUUUUUAACAUACUUAAACAUUUUUGGAAGUAAAACUAUUUCACUCAUAUUGUAAUUCAUUAUAGGUCAUAUUUCAUACAAAUCUGGAAACACUGGACAGUUCUUUCAUAUAUUGAUUUUACUGGAUGUUUUUUUUUUUAUGUCCACGUGUGAGAGAUUACCCUUUUAUCUUGUUUGAAUCCCGUUAGGCCCAGAGUUGUGUUAACUUCAGUUUUUCUCCUCCUUUACAUCACUGACUGUCUUUCUUCCAGCUGGUUCUUUGAAGUGUUAGGUUACCCCAAGUCCUCCAGGCCCAACAUUGCUAACGGGAUGGCCAUGGCUGUGGUCUUCUUCCUGGUUCGCAUUGCCGUCAUGCCCCUCUACUACAGCCGCAUGUGGUCCGUGUAUGACACCGACGCCUUCUACCGCGUCCCACCGGGAGGCCGCGCUGCCUGGAUCAUCUCCAGCAUCUGUCUGGAUGUCAUGAACGUCAUGUGGAUGCACAAGAUCGCCCGCGGCUGCUACAAGGUCAUGCGCUCUGCCCGACGACACAAAGUGGGGACACAGGAGAAUGGAAAGACUGAC